GAGCAGGGGACUUGUCACUCUCUUUUGAACUCCGGUGAGGGAAGGGAGAGUCCGAGCAAGAGGCGUGUGGUGAGUGAUCAGAUGAAAAGAUGUCUUCUGAAUGCAACUAUGUUUCACUUCAUACUGGGCAAAAGAUGCCUCUUGUGGGAUUAGGUACAUGGAAAAGUGAAGCUGGACAGGUGAAGGAGGCAGUUAAGUAUGCCCUUAGUGUAGGCUAUCGCCACAUUGACUGUGCUCCAGCUUACAGCAACGAAGUGGAGAUAGGUGAAGCUUUCCAGGAGACUGUUGGAUCUGACAAGCCCGUUAAGAGGGAAGAGCUGUUUGUUACAUCAAAGUUAUGGAACACCAAGCACCACCCAGAAGAUGUGGAGCCAGCUUUAAAGAAGUCCUUGCAAGAUCUGAAGCUGGAAUACCUAGACCUCUACCUCAUGCACUGGCCCCAUGCCUUCGAACGGGGAGAUAACCUCUUCCCAAAAAAUCCUGAUGGCACAAUGCGUUAUGACUACACUGACUACAAAGAAACUUGGAAAGCCAUGGAGAAGCUAGUGGAGAAAGGUUUGGUGAAGGCUAUCGGGCUAUCCAACUUCAAUAGCCAUCAGAUUGAUGAUAUCCUUGGCAUAGCCUCUGUCAAGCCAGCUACACUUCAGGUAGAAUGUCACCCUUACCUAGCCCAGAAUGAACUGAUAGCUCAUUGCCAUCAGCGAGGGCUUGUGGUGACUGCUUACAGCCCUCUUGGUUCACCCGACCGAAUGUGGAAGCACCCAGAUGAGCCAGUGCUGCUGGAAGAACCUGAGAUAAAGAAAUUGGCAGAAAAAUAUAGCAAAUCUCCUGCUCAGAUUCUCCUCAGAUGGCAGAUGCAGCGAAAAGUGAUCGUCAUUCCCAAGAGUGUUACACCUGCACGCAUACUUCAAAAUCUCCAGGUGUUCGACUUCCAUCUGACAGCUGAAGAGAUGAGCUUUAUUGGGAGUCUGAAUAAGAACUGGCGAUACAUUGUGCCAAUGGUUACGGUUGGGGGCAAACUGGUAGCAAGGGAUGCUGGACACCCCCUCUAUCCUUUCAAUGAACCCUAUUAACUCUAACAGUUUACAAGACGGAAGAUAGAACUCCACUCAAGAUUGCCAUUGCCAUCAUAUAUUAGAUUUUUAAAAAUCAAAAUAAAACAUUUUGUUUCUGUAGGAUUCUAUUUAUAACCUUUAUUAAUUAGCAUGUAUUUAUAAACCAGUGAGGGAUGUUGUAUAGGUUAAAUUUAACAACUUUCAACGUUUCAGUAGGACUUCAAGUAUAUGCAUCUUUACAAACCUUGGCCAAAGUCCUAACUGGAAACAUGGUACCCAUGCUUUGGAAUAGGAAUAAAUUGCAUGGCAUUUGUGGGGUAGAUACUUAAAAAUAGAAAUGCAUUUUACAUUUCAUGUCAGUAGGCUAUGGCAGCAGUGUUAUUUAGCUUGACCCAGAAUGUUCUUCAUAGCACAAACCUACUUGUAGUAAAUGUAGUUUUAAACAGAA